AAUGAGACCGGAGCCGCGUUAAAUGCCCAACGAUACCGGGAACUGACGAAAUAGAACGAUAUAAUCUCGUGCACGGUAUACUUCCUGGUCCAAUUGUAAUGGAGACCGAAUUUCUCUGAGACCAACCCCUCUGCCUCCAACGGACGGAUGACAGACCUAGAGAAGAGAUGGAACACUUGUGUAGGAUUAGAAACGAUAUACUUUACAUCCAAGCAUGACACGCACAGUGGCCAGCAUCACUGUAGCCAUUCUCAGAUUCGAUAGCUCUAAAAGCAGGCAUGUAACUGCUGUUUGCAAUUGUCUUUUGUUGCGCUCUCAUGCCAGACUGUGAUCAUUUCGAUUGAAAAGAAAACAUCGCUACUCUCAUGAUCAGAGGCGAGGUGAGAUGAUACACAGUCUAUCCAAGAUCGUCUAUCAAGAGUUCUAUUCACUUCCGAGUAAAAGGGUUGUACAAUCCAAUGGCGUCAAAUUCGAAGGUAUCUAUUUUGGAUUACUUUAAUAUCGUAUUUGAAGGGGAAAAUGGCAAAAUCGAAUCCAACUGCAAGGCUUGUGGCACAAGGAUUCAGGCCAAACGAAGUGUCACAUCCAACUUCGUCACCCAUCUGAAGCGUAAGCACCAGGCCAUGUAUGAUGAGUUUGUUAAGAGGAAGGAUAUGAAGAGAGAGGCAUACUCAUCUAGCUCCAUGCAUGGCCUCACCACCGCCACCAACGGGGGCAGCGUCCGCUUCUCUCACACCAUUUCUGCUGGAGCCGGAGGGGGAGGGAUAGGAGGAGCAGGAGGGGCUGCAGGAGGAACCAAGUUUGACCGCCAUGAUCCUCGGCAGGUCCUGAUCUCGGAGGCUAUCGCAAAGAUGAUCGUGCGUGACCUGCAGCCGGCGUCCAUCGUGGAGAACCAAGGUUUCCGUGAGCUCCUCGCCCUUCUGGAGCCUCGUUUCACCCCUGAGUCGCGGCGCUACGUCCAGAGCCAGCUUCUACCAGCCUACGCCUACCAGGCCCAGCUCGCCACCCGCCAGGCCUUGGCCUCGGCGCACGCUCUCAGUCUAAGCCUGGAUUUGUGGAGUGGUCCCUCAGGGGCCAGUGCAGGGGCCAAUGCAGGGUACCUGGGUGUCACCUGCCACUUCCUGACCGCUGAUUGGCAGAUGCGCUCUGCCUUGCUGGCAUGCCUUUCCCUGGUUGGUGGCAGUUCAUCCAACCGUGUGCUGACAGAGUUUCAAGAGGUGUGCCAUGCUAACGGGGUUCUGGGACGCGCGUUCCGCGUGGUGGCCGACGCCUUUCCUGCUGAAACGUGGCCCACGUGUCACCUGCCGGGCUUCCACAUCCACGCCAAUGGAGAAGGGGAGGAGGAGGAAGAGGUGGACAGUGGGAACGAGGACGCGCAGGGAGCGGACAAGAGGAACGGAGGGAGCGACGGAGGGGAAGAAGUGGGAGAGGAGUGGGGGGACUUGUGGGACCAGGGUCUGGGUGUGUGUCGGGUGGACUGUUUCUCUCGCUCCCUGGACGCCUGUGUGAGAGAGGGGUUGCGUUCCUGCCCUCAGCUCUCCUCCGCCCUGGCCAAAGCUGCCUGCUUCUACAAUUACAUCACCUCUGCUGUGCCCACAGAGAAACUCAACCAGGUGUUCGGCAACCCCGAGGGCCCCCCGGCAGGUUUGGGGGGCCCUGCACCUGUGGAAAGGGACUGGGCGUCCCAGCUGAAGGUGUUGCGGCGCAUGCUUGACUGUGCUGACUUCCUGGAGGAGGUGAGCGGGCGAGGGGAGCUGGCGCUGGGCAGCCCAGAGAGGGCGCUACUGAGGGAGCUCACAGACACACUGGAGCCCUUCACUGAAGCCUGGGACAUGGUGCAAGGAGACCGACAGGCAGACAGACACGUGGCCCUCAGCUUAGCUCUGCCCUGUGUGCUGGGGCUCCGGAAGCACCUGUCAGAGACCUCCACCCCCCACUGCCCCUCUCUCCUGCUGGGCCUGGCCCAAGGUGUGGAGCGCAGGCUGGCUCCUCUCCUGCAGGACCCUCUCUACAUCACUGCCACCACCCUGGACCCCCAGUUUAAGCUCUCCUGGAGCAGUGAUGACUGGCACAGGCAGGUUGUCCUGGAGGAGGUGAGUAAACUCUCCACCCCGGCCUCGAGCCUCCAGGACCCCUGCUCGGAGACCCAUCCCCAGGCCCAGUCACCUUCAUCCCAGGCCCCAUCACCUGUCUCCUCACUGGCCAGACCCUGCAAGCUCUUUUCCUUCAUAAAACAGAGGCCAACGGCUCAGGCCAAGAGCCUGGAGCAGGAGCUGGCUGCGUACCUGCAUGAGGAGCCCACGGACGAGGAGCCCUUGCACUACUGGAGGCGGAAGGCCAUUGACUUCCCUCAGCUUGCCCAGGUGGCCCAAAGGGCGUUCACCAUCCCAGCUAGCAGCACGGGUGUAGAAACCAUUUUUUCCCUGGCAGGACGCUGUCUGCGGCCAGAGACGGGCCGCGUCCUACCAAAGAACCUGGAGACACUCAUCUACCUGAAGGCCAACUACAGGCUUCUGUGGAUGUAGGGGAGAAAUUCUACUGCUGUUCAGAUACACACACUACUGACCGUAAGACAUUGGGCCAAUUACAACCAACUGAGCUAAGGGGAUGGGUCUUAAGGGACUCCAAUUGUUGUAACUUGCUUGUUUCGGUAGAUAAAUAAAUACUUUAUAUAUAAACAAAAUAUUUUUAUGGGUUCCAUCCUUUAUUUUGAGUUUGAAACAAGGGGCUACUUUGACAUCACAGCCCAGCAAGUUUUACUUAGUUGCUAUGGAAACAACUCACGUUGGUUGGAAUUGGCUUGUGUCAAUAAUUAUGGGAACCUAAAUUAUUUAAAGGACUUCAAACCAAUGUGAGAUCUGGAAGCAUGGAUUAUGCAUUGAUUCCAGAGUUGCCUCAGAAGUCACAUCUAUCUAGCUGUUCUUAAAUUGGGAUUAUGACUUAGGUGGUAUUUGAUGCCACCAUUGUCAGACUUGUGUGCGUGCAGAGUAGCACUAGCCUUCUGACCACAGUCUAGAUGUUUCUUUGGACAAUCUAGAAUAAUGUAUUAUAUUUCUGUGGACCAAGAAGGCUGAUCAAUACUAAUGCAUUUACCGACAUUCUUAUUACAGCUGCAGCAGGAUUUAGAAUCAUAAUAUUAUGUUACAGAAAACACUGACUCCCAAACACAGCUUGUGCCUGUACUAUACUACCAGCCAGUAUACUGUAGUCAGAUACCAAGGAUAACCAAAUGGUCUUUUAUAUAGCAUUUAUAUAUCAAUGAUAAGCUUAGGUCGUAACUAAUUAAAUAUGUUAGCUUAGUGAAGCUGAGCCAGGAGUGAUAGGCUUCACUUUGUACACACAUUGUAAGAUGGACUGAUUCACUCACUCCCUUUCUCUUUCUCACUACAAUAAACUUAUAGAGUUGUACAAUAGUGGAUGGGCAAGUUUGUUUGAGUCAGUUUGAGACAUCUUAGCAUGUGUUCUUAGACGUACAGUAUGUGUUGUUGUGUUUUCUGAUAGUGAAAGCAUGCCGUGUGCGCGUAGGAAUGAGUGUGUGUGUCCGCACACACAUCUUUCGCUGGUGGAGGAAUGGCAGGCAGACUGCCAAUCUCAUUUUUGACCCUAAUGCAUUUAUAUCUUCCCCUGCAAAUCCUUCUUAGCCCACAUGCCCUUCCACCGACUGGGGGGUCAAUUUCAUUUCAAUUUCAUUAUGAGCUCUUUUUCCCCCUUCCAAUUUCAUGUCCAAUUUCAUUUCUGAGGAGAGGGAAAAUGAAAUGGGAUUGAUCCCUGACUCUACCCUAAAAACCUUUCACAGGAGGGAUUGGGUUGGUGGUGGCUUGACAUGCCUUUAUGUGUGUCUUUCAGUUUCUGCGCGGAUGUGUGUGGGCAUGCAUGGGAAUGCUCCCUUUGUUUACGAACAGGGACUGUAAUUGUGUAGUCCGGCCAGCAAAGAUAUGAGGUAAUUUAAAGUAAUUCCAUUACGGUUCAGUUUAAAUGAGCUGUGAGGGAGCCAGGCAGACAGGAAGUUACAUUCGUCACUGUACUUGGUUCUACAGCCUAUAAAGGGCAACACAUGAUCACUGAGACACAAUAUAGUGUUCUGUAGCUAGAUGCCUCCCGAGAUAGACCCGCCCAGUCCAAUCCCACCCUGUCAGCCAGGUUGUUAGUCAGGUGGAGAGGGAUGGAGAUGGUCUGACAGAAACAGAAUUGGUCUCAUCAAAACAAUCUGGAGAAGGGGGUUGCUCAUGGCAACGAGGCAGCCCCCCCCCUGCCCCCCCUUCUUCAAAAUGCACAUUCUUAACUGUCAGUUUCUAUUUCUCUCUCUUUUUCUCUCCCCAGCCUCUCUUCUUCUGUGUGGGGACAUCACUUUACAGGGACAACAAUUUCUCUAAUAAAAUUACAAGGUGAUCCCAUAGAUCAUAAUCAUAAAUUAUCACUCCGAAACAGUCACAGGAUGCACGUGGGAUGUCUAUGCUUCAUGCGACUAGUUAUAAUUAAUACACAGAUGUUUGUGUGUGAGUGUUUGCAUUUUUUAAGCGAGUUUCUAGCAUGUGUUUCUUUGUGGAUGUGUGUUGGUCCGUGUUUUGAGCAGCUUGAAGGCCACCCCCACCCCGGUGACAGCUCAUCUAUUUAAGUUAGACGUGGGCAAGCUGUGCUAGCUACUGUGCAGCCUCGGUAAUUGCCUCUGAAAUGAAUUACUUGGCAGACAGAGAAGCAGAGAGGGGGGAAAAGGAAAUUGUAAUUGAAAUGCCCCCCCUCCACCACCACCCAUCCCACCUCUCUUGCGCUUCACGUUAUUACAUCUGCAGUGCAGAAAUUCAUUUCCCUCCCAAACACAAUCCCGUUCUCCCUCCUCCCUCCCUCCUCCUGUGGUGUCCACACUGACGCCUGGGGGAAUUCAACCAUUGAUUGUUUGUCUUAAGCGUGCUAAUUUCACACACGCAUGCACACACUCAAACACUUUGUGCUAGAAUCCAUUGUUUUGAACUACAAACAGAACAACUUUUAGCCUGUUCUUUUAGGUGCGUGUGGUUGCCCUUUAGCGAGACUAAGUGCGGUUGGACGGCCCAGGGGCCGAAGAGUUUAUAACUGGCAGUAGUAGAGAGGUGUUCAGUAUGUAUCUA